AUGGAAAAAACGAGUCCAAAUAAUUCCACAGUACCAGUAGGUACUUUCGUUGAAUUUCAAGUUGUAAUUUUAACAAAUGAUGAAAAUGAUUUUGCAAGUGAAUUAUGUGACAGUACAUGUAAAGGGCUAAUAAAGAUAGGCAACAGAUGUAUGAUAUAUUACAUACUAAAAAAUUUAAUUGAACAGAAGUUGAAAUACAUUACAAUUGUAGUUAACUCCAAGUAUUAUGAUGAUAUGGUCAACUACAUUAAUGAGACAUUCCCAGAGAAUUACAAAUUGGAUGAGAAGAAGAAUAUAAAUAGUUAUUGUAUAGAUAUAGAACAAUACUCGACAAGCAACAACGAGGAUCUGGGCUCAAUCCAGUGUUUACUUCAAAUGAGGAACAAGCUAAAGUCCGAUUUUAUAGUUGUUAAUUGUGACAUUCUUGGAUUUGUUGAUUUUCAUUCUCUAGCAAAUUUGUUCAGAGGUGAAAGAGCUAUAUGUGCACUACUACUUCUAGAAGAGAACCGAGCAAGUGUCGAUAAAAAGAAAAAAGAGAUAAAAGAAGAAUACCUAAAUUUAGAAAAUAAUGUAUGGGUAUGCAUAGACAAGAACAGCAAAGUUGUGAGUAUAAAGGAUGCAUUAUCCAUGAAGCAGAAUGGAAGAUUAAAAAUAAGUAAAAUCAAUUUACUAGCUCAUAAAAAUUUUAUACUAAAAACAGAUUUGCUAGAUGGCCAUGUGUACAUAUUUAAAAAUUAUGUUUUGGAUAUUAUGGAGCAUAAAAAUGACUUUAGUAGCAUUAAGUACGAUCUUAUACCAUAUUUAGUAAAAAUACAAAACACACCAAGAGCAGCAGCAUAUUACUCCAAAUCAGAAUUCAAAUUUAAUAUGUAUAAAACAUUAAUUAAUAAGUAUGAAGAUGGACAUGAUGACAAUGGGCUUGACCCAAAGGAAGGAAACGCGACCCAAUGUAACCCCAUCGAUCAUGAAAAUGUAGAAAGCGUGGUUUGCUAUGUGCAACCUAAGAGCAAUGGGUUUUGUCAACGAAUAAAUAACCUGUCUAAUUUUAUAAAGGCUAAUUUACUUUUUUGCGUUUCAAGACAUGAACAAUUGAAAAAUGUGCUCCCACCGUACUGUUUAUUUCUGAUGAAUGACAACAAUCAGUUGUAUAAGGAUUGCGUAAUAAAUAGCCAUUUCGAACAUGAGGAAAAUAUAACUCUUAAAAAAUCUGUACUCGGGAAAAACGUGAAAAUAAAAAGAAACUCUUCAGUUAGCAGAAGCAUAUUUAUGGAUAACAUAACUAUAAAUGAGAAUUGUCAAAUUCAGAAUUCCAUUAUUUGUAAUAAUGUCAUCAUUGAAGACAAUUGCAAGCUAAUAGACUGCAUUGUACGGGAAAACAGUAUCAUUGAAAAGAAUGGAAUUUUUGAGAGAGAAACCCUUCCCUUAUUUAUCUCUUAA